AUGGGAUUGUCAAAGAAAGAGAUCAAGAUCCUGACGCUCCUUUUCAUCGACACUGCCUUCUUCUUCUUGGAGAUCAUUGUCGGUUAUAUGGUCAACUCGUUGGCUCUUAUUGCAGACUCCUUCCAUAUGUUGAACGAUAUCAUCUCCUUGGUUGUUGCAUUAUGGGCCGUGAAUGUUGCCAAAAAUCGUUCUGCUGAUGCAGAAUAUACAUACGGCUGGUUACGUGCAGAAAUCUUGGGUGCUCUUAUUAAUGCAGUCUUUUUAAUUGCAUUAUGUUUCACCAUUUUAAUUGAAGCCCUACAGAGACUACUCGAUCCUCCUACAAUUACAAACCCAAAGUUGAUUUUGGUUGUCGGUACUCUAGGUUUGAUCUCUAACAUUGUGGGCCUCUUUUUAUUCCAUGAACAUGGCCACUCUCAUGGCGGAGGAGUAGACUCGGGUGAUGGACAUUCACAUUCCCAUGGUGGCUUCUUCACUCCGCAAGACGAAGAAAGCGAAAUCGAAGACGUACAUGGCCACAACCACAACCACAACCAUAGUCAUGCCGAUGAUGGAGCACACGCCGACACACACGCAGAUGUACAUGGUCAUUCCCAUGCUGAAAGGCCAAGAUCAAAGUCAGUUUAUUCCAAACACGCAACCAACGAAACCACCCCACUAAUGGACAGUGCAUUUGGUGAAAGCGAAGAAGAUUUGCGUAAGAUUAUGCCAUCCUAUGUUGUUGGCCAAUUGGACAGACCUGCCACUAAGAAGCCAAGGGGUAAUAAGAACGAAGCUCACCAAAAAUCAAUGAAUAUGGAGGGUGUCUUUUUACAUGUUUUAGGUGACGCACUGGGUAACAUUGGUGUUAUGGCCAGUGCAAUAUUCAUCUGGAAAACUGACUACUCAUGGAAGUAUUACUUUGAUCCUUUUAUUUCUCUAGUUAUUACGUGCAUCAUUUUCUCAUCCGCUUUGCCACUAUGCAAGAGAUCAUCUAGAAUCUUAUUGCAGGGUACCCCUUCAACUGUCGUUACUUCCGACGUUAUCCAAGAUGUCCUUCAGAUUCCAUCCGUUAUAGGUGUCCAUGAUUUCCAUAUUUGGAACUUAACUGAAAAAUUGAUGAUUGCAUCAUUGCACAUCGAGUUGGAUUGUUCCCCAGAUGAUUUCCUUAAAGUAGCUUCCGAUAUUAAAGCCUGCCUGCACGAUUAUGGUGUUCACAGUGCCACCAUUCAACCAGAAUUCUCAGCUUACUAUAACAAACAGCAUAUGUUACCUCAUUCUUUCUCCUCAAGCUCUAAUUUGAAACAAGACGCAGCUAAUUCUGCUUUAACCUCAGCUCCUCCGAUUUUCAACAUCUCAUCAAACGUCCAAAGUGAUGCUCCAGCUAGUUCAUCAACUGAUAGAACCCAGGUAGACAAAAAGAAUGAUAUUCAUUGUCUAAUAGAUGCUUCUGUUAACUGCACAACAACCAACUGCCUGAAAUAA